AUGGGUGAUGCAUUAGACAUGAGACGUCAUAGUAUGGCUGGCCCCGCGGCGUUGCAAAGAGGAGGAAUUCGCUACGACUCAAGAGUUCCCUCUGCUGUCGGCGGUCCGCAAGCAUCGUCCGUCUCGGAUGUUCCUAGUGCAUUCACUGGAGCGCGACCAUCCAAUUCGCAAGCGCCUUCUUGGGACCGCCUCCCCGAACGGCCUGUCGACACUACCGAACGACCGGCCUUAUAUCCCAUAACCUUUUCUGCCAUAUUCUCUCUCUCUACUAGACAUCCAACCGCUCCAACUCAUGGAACAAGUCUUCUUGGGGUCAGCACUCAUUCUAUUGCAUCACUAUUGGCCCCUUCCAGUCCGACCACCUGGUCUCCCGUCACGCCUACGUACUCUUUCCCUUCCACGUCCCCUCUAUCCGCAAGUGGGAUCAGUACUACCCUCCCGGAGCACACUGGUGUUGGUUGGAGUGCUCCACUUCCUUCACAGAGCAAGUACGACCAGGAAGAGGUCUUACGGAAGGAGGCUCUGAGUAUGCUACCAGUGUGCGCCGAAUACGAUACGGAGAGGUUUAGAUCUGGUGGUUUCUUCAGAGAUACAAUGAAGAUUCUCAUGAGCGCUUGGGGCAUAGAGGCGUAUUCGAGCGGGUCUGUUCAAGGGCCAAAGAUACUAGAGAGCACCUUGCUAGAAGGAGUACAAGACAGAAGCGGCAAAGACUCCGUUCACGAAGUCAGUGGGAGAGAGGUCAUUCCUGUGGAGAAGGGAGACCGAAGCUAUCUAGUCAAGGUGCUGGGAGAAUUGACAUCCGCGAUGCGGAAUUCGAACGCUAUGCUUGCGUAUAUUUGGGAAAUAGGAGUUGUCCUCCAUGGGAGCCUGGAGAGCCGUCUACCACCUCCAGACCCCUGGAGGUACAACAAUUAUUACGCGGAGGCUGCCAUAAUGGCCCGAAAUGCUCCACCUCCCUCUCGUGCGGGUAGCGUUAGGAGCUCGCUUAACAAGAAUAAGGCUAAUUUG